GCUCCUGUGGAAGUGAAACAUUGCUUCGGUAAACAGCUUUGUGAGUGUCGCUCCGCGUCUACUAACUUCUGCUUUGGGAACAGGACGCUGGCUCAAGAUGCCUUUGGCAAUCACAGAUUACUCGUGGACACAGACGGAAUCGAUGCUUUACAUUAAUGUACCCUUAAAAGGAACCAAAGCGGACAAAAUUGACAUCGUUUCUACAGACGAUUACCUGAAGAUUCACUUCCCACCAUAUUUGUUUGAGGCAUUCCUCUUUGAACCUGUGGAUGAAGACAAAAGCACCGCAAGAAUUGGAAAAGGAGUUGCCGUCAUCUCCUUGCCAAAGAGGGCUGAGAAGCUGUGGGACCAUCUGAUGAUACCUGCUGAUGAUAAAGAAAAACUGAAGAGCAUCAGAGAGAGAGCGCUGCUCAAAUACCAAGAAAAGCUCAUCAAUGAAGCCAAAGUUAAGACAUUAAAGAAGCAUGCAGAGAAAAAGUACGCCCUGGAGACAAUGAUGAAGCUUGAAGAGGAAGAAAGAGCAAGUAUACAGAAGAUUAGGAAUGCUGAACGAGAGAAGGCAACAGCUGAACUUGAAAUGUGGAAACUGAAGCAGAAACGUCAAGUGAAAGAAGACACCCAACUCAAACUUCAUCGUCAGCGACAAAGACAAGAAAAACCUACAGAUCAGAGAUACAGCAGCGAAGCACAAAGCAAGAUGAAAGAAGUUCCAGCUCCAAGAGUCUAUGGAACUAUUCAAGUCAGUUUUACUCCACGACAUUUUCCAACAGCCCUCAGGGAAUCAAGAGUGCCAGAAGAGGAAGAAUGGCUUAGAAAACAAGCUGAAGCCAGACAUGCUGCUGAAGCCGAUUCUGAGGAGCUAAAGGACCUGAACGAGCAAGAAAAGAACCCCGACUGGUUAAAGGAGAAAGGAGACAAAUAUUUUGCAGUUGGAAACUACCUGGCUGCAGUAAAUGCCUACAACCUGGCUAUCAAGCUGAACAGAAACAUCCCAGCAUUUUAUUCAAACAGGGCUGCUUGUCAUCUCAAACUGAGGAAUCUUCACAAAGCUAUAGAGGACUCCUCUCAGGCACUUGAUCUUCUGACUCCACCAGUUCCCACCAACGCGGCUGCCAGGGCCAGAGUUCAUGUUCGCAGAGGUGCAGCUUUCUGUCAGUUGCAGCUCUACACAGAAGGGCUGCAGGACUACCAAGCUGCUUUGGAGCUCGAUCCUGACAAUGAAGGUCUGCAGAAGGACACACAGAGAAUCAGAGCAGUCAUCCAAGGAACUGUGCCUGAACUCACAUAAUCUGCAGCACCCUCGUGUGGUCAAACACGGGAUUAGUGCUUCAUUGUCUUCAUAUUUUUGAUUUUCAUGUGUUUUUCCAAAGAUUUUUCAGUUUUGUUGAUUGAGGGUUGGUAAGAGUUCUUCAUCUUUAGCAGUUACAGCUUUCAAGACACAAAAACAUAUUUGAACUUACCAUGUUUCAGUUAUAUUUUUGGCAGUACUUUAUUCAUUUAUAUAUAAUUAGUACUAAAACCAAAGAGCAGGUAAAAAGUCACUCAUGGACUUCAUAGAUGUUUCUUAUGAGCAUCUACUCCAAUAAAUUUUGUGAAAUUGCA